AUGGCAGGUGCAGGCUAUCAACUUCCAGGAAAGAUUAAAAUUCCAAGUAUAUCCAAUCAGAUUAGGAAAUCCUAAAUAAACAAUCUCAAGCAAUACCAGGAAUCAUAAUUUAUCUUCUCAACAAUAACCUUAGAAUUGGAGAUAAAAGUUGCCAGAGGUAAGCGAGCUAAAGGAAACUAAUCACAAAUAUCUCAAUACAUUAGCAAUAAAUCGUUCUAUCCAGGAUUUCAGAACAAAGAACUAGUCAAACUUAGAAAAGAGAACGAUGAGUUCAAGCUUAUAAAAAGAGCAUUGAUCAGAUCUGAAUUUUCUAGUAAUUUGUAAAAUAAUGAUCAAAAAGUUAGUACUACUACCUUCAAUAACGACAAAGUAUCUACUAAAAAUAACUUUACUAAUUUGAAUCCGAUCCAAAUCCUGCUUUUUUAAAAGCUACUCUCAUAAAUGGUUUAGAUUAAGUUGAAAUAGAUGAAAUAGGUACUGAGUAGUAAUCUAGAUUCGAAUAAGAUUGAACUUCCAGAUUUCUUUAAUAAGUAGAGAAUGACUGGGAAGUAUUAUCCUCAAGUUGAUAUCGAUUUAAACUCACUUAAAAAAUAAUUAUCUUUUAUAACAAGGCAAUUAUCUAAUACAAUUAAUUCUUAAAAUCUUCAAGUCAUUAAAAACAACGGUAACAGACAAGGCAGUGGAAGAAGUGGCCGAUUUCGCUUGUAAGGCAGGAUACCCCCUGGUUCGAUCUCCUUCUACACUAAGGUAAAACAAUCUUAAAAUCUCAAGAUUAUGCUCGAGUGUUCGUACUUGAAUUGUCUAUCGCAUAUGCCUUUUUUGAUAUUUUGA